AUGCUACGGGCUCUUCCUGCUGAAUUGCUGCUUACACUAUUUCCAGGCCGCGCUCAGUCUCAGGCCAACAUCGGGCUUGUCCAGAAUCGCCUCCACGAGAUCGCCUCAGGCUGCAUGGCUUGUGCUCUUCCCACCAAGACGAGUAGUAUCCUUGCUCAAGUUCUGCCUCCCAACUAUACGAAUCUUCUUGCUUUCAAAACUUUAAUGCUCCAAUUGCCUACACUCCUCCGUCUUGCCUCCAGAUACCUUUCCACGAUUUCCGGACUUUUCCGUUAA